AUCCGGUGAGGCACAUCUCAGCCUACUGCAACCCACCGAAUCCGUGCCCCGUCGGUUAUACAGCUGCAGACAACUGUCUGGUAGACGUGCCCAAUACGGAUGCGUUCAGCAGAGAUUACCAGAUGGCUCAACAGUGCCCGUGUGACAAAGAACACAUGUUCUACUGCCACGAAGAUGCAUCCGACGCCAUAGACGACAAUAUGCGGCUGGACGAAGGUACCAACCCGUUCUUCCUAGGUGAGACACUUCCCGUGAUCUCGAAGAAGGCGCCGCUUAAUUGACAUUCGCACUAACAUAUGUCCGCUACUAAUCUUUUAACAUAACAUUAUAAAGACACCGUUUAUCACCCAUUCCGAAAUCCAAUGUAUCAUAAUAAAUUAUUCAUCGUACAUGGGAGACACGCGUUAAUUCUUGUGGUAUUUAUGAUUCCAAUAUUAAGAAACUGAAGCAUUCACCUGUCGCCGCUGCCGCGCUGCCAGUAUUGUGUACUGUAGCUGAGAGCAGCUAGCGUACUGCGGAUAGCGAUGCGUUGCCGUAUACAGUGCAUAGCGUGCAUGACUUAGUAAUGCUGAUAGGGUCUAUGUGCCCCAGGGUACUAUCGGAGGGUACCCUGUGUACGGUUCGAUAUAUCGGAAAGU